AAGUAACAAGGUCUGACAUAUAAAACAAACCCUUCUAAACUUUUCUAAAGCUGACAUUUCAGUUAACGAACCUCCAACUCACUGAGAAUGAAAACAGAAGCGUUCAUCUGUGUUCUGUGUGCCUGUUUGGUAACACUUGAAGCACGUAAUAAGAGAUCAGACGAGAACACGAAGGAUUUGAACAAAUUCACAUUUUUAUCAUAUGGCCCCGCAAAGACAACAAAUACACCAAAGAUUUUUAACCCUUUUACAUUUUUAUCACAUGGACCCACAAAGACAACAGAGCAAGGCCCUGAAGCAAACCCUGUUAAUGGAAGUAUAUAUGGGCAGAUGACUAACCACACAUCGUUUAAUAAAACUGAAGUAAGUAUUUUGGAGAGGAUCAUUUGGCCAAAUCUUGCAGAGGACGAAUGGCUACAAGACAACACACAAAACUAAGACAUAGCUCAAGGGUUAAAAAAAAGACAAGUUACUUAAAUGAUAAGUGAUGAAAACUGGAAAACAACCUGUUAAACAGUCAACCCCGAUGAGAUGACACUCUAAUGUUUGUUAAAUAAAUUACCAUUGUAUUAUAGAAUAUCAAAAAUGCAACAACACAUGAAAAAAGAUGAACUCACAAUUUUUUUAUAAAAGAAAGAACAUAUAUAAACAACCUUGUCCCGCAGGUACAAGAAAAUAUACCUGUGUAAAUGUACAAGAAAAAAGAAAUUCAACUCAUAACCGUAAAGACUGCAAUACAUGUUGAAUGAUAAAACAUUGAGUGUAAGCUAUUAUUAUAGUACAGUAUAAAUGGUUUAAUUAAAUAGCAUUUUUUUUAGCAUAUGUAUGCUUAUCAAAUGUAUAAUUUUCAUUAUUUGGUGAUAAUGUCAAAAAUAAUUUAAUUAAACUGUCCACGGAGUAAGUUAUUCCAGGGUUGAUAAAACUGAUAUUUUGAUCAAACUCUGUUAAUCUACUUUUAUUUGUUCUUGAAUAACAUAAUCUGAAAAAUACAGCCAACAAGACUACAAAACUACCAAUGUGAAAUGCCAAAAGAAUCUGAUUUAUAAUCUCUCAGUUAGAGAUUUAGACCCUAAGGCUAGAUGUUAGAGAAAUCACAAAACCAAUAGCCUGUUGAUAAAUUAAUUUUACAGCAUAUUCAAUAUAUGCCUAUUGCUUCUCACAUUCCUGUGUUUGUAUUUUUUGUCAAAUUAAUUGAUAUAUUGUCCAAAAUUAUAUUCCAUAUAUGAUUAGUCGAAAAAGGAUUUGCACCUGUAUGCUCUGUACAGUCAUGGUUAAGAUGGGAUAACCAGACCAAUCCAGCAGAUAUAUUUCAGGGAUUAAUUUAACAUGCCCCUAAUCUAAUUUGACCUGAGACAGAGGAGACUAACAAUUGCCUGACUAGUCCAUGAAUACAUUUUUAUAUUUAUAUAUAUUAUUUAUGUUUAUUUAACUUUAUUAGGAUAAAAAUUUUAGAUUUUAUAUAUUACAGUUAAUGUUUUGUAGGAUUGUGACAAAUAAGCGAUGUGUUGGUUGACCGCUGCAAGAACUGCAGCAAACACUAGACCACAACCUGCCCCUCAGGCCCUGCAUGGCCUGUCAUUCAGGCACACACACACAGAAAGAGAAAGGAGAGAGAAGAAAGAGAGAGUGAUAGGAGAAAUAGAGGGGGCUCCUGGAAGAGGUAGUGACGUAUUCCCAGGCCACAGAAUCUCCGCACCUCUCAGCAGCAUAUAAUGAGCUUAACCACACGGCCUCAGUGCAAAGGGGUCAAUCACUCGGAUUAUCACACUCGACUUUGACAUCACAAUCCUCCGCGCCUCUCUGUUUUUUCUAUUCUUUUUUGGAUACCUGCAAUUUUUAUUUUACUUUCUAAGAUUUUUAUCCUUGUUGUAUGACAACUGAUAUAUUAAAUUUUGGUCACAGGGUCAGACAGGAAAGUGAGCUCAAAUAUGGACUGUAGUUUACUCCAGCUAAAACGAAGGGUGUAUAAGCGUUGUUGACUCUGAAGGCAGACGCUAACUUUUGGAACAAGUAUUCACCCUUGUUACCUUAGAAAACAACCCAAUGCCACUGUCCAACAACAAGGUCGCUGAUGAUGGAACUUCAGCACAGCCACUGCAAGAGGGAAAAGCAAUGGUGGACUCCCUAAUCAAGGUGGUGGCAUGUUAUCGGCACUUAGCCUCCUGUGUUGGCGGAUGCAUGGACAACUCCAGCCUACGACGUGAUCUUCGGCAAACACGAGAGCGAGCCCAGACACUAGCGCUGUCCUGCCGAAACCACCUGACAGCUCGACUAAGGGAUAAAACGUUACCAGAGACUGAAAGGAAGGAAACUGAGCUGCUGUGGGUAGCGUUCUCCUCAUGUCUGGAGCUCCUACAUGCAGACAUGUGCAAGGUUUUCACCAUGGUCAAGCACUUUUCCCUGGCCAAUAACAGUACCAUGGUGCAAACAGGCAUACAGGGGGGGACAACAGAGGUGGCGGCACGGGCCUUGAGCCUGCCUGACCUGCAGGAGGCAGGCGACGGUACCCAGACGUCCAGCGUGGAGGGCCAGGAGCAGAGUCAGCUGGAGCAAGAGAUCGCACAGGUGGACCGCACACUGGAAGACAUGGAGCUGAAAGUCAAUGUGCUGCGCUGGACUGUGGAGGCACUGGGUCCUCAGUACGCAGACCCUGUUAGCACUGACAGUGCCUCACUAGCACUGCUGUCCAUCGAUGAAGAGGCAGCUCAAGGCUUCUGCAGUCGUAGCCAGAUGUUUGCGGCUAUGAUGCUGUGCGGUGUGGCGAUCUUUGCAGUGGUGCUAUCAGUGUGUGUGGUGCUCCUGGUCUGAAGUCUUAGCACUUGUUUUAUGUAGGCUUUUUCUUUUUCAUAGGUCUCUUUAGUUGUGAUCAGCCAAACAUCAACAGUUUGCACAGCACAAUAUUAAAAAUGAAACUGUCUGUGUGUAGUACUUACAAUUUGACAGUUCCUUACUGUUGAUCUCAACAGAGCCUGUGAGUCCUUUUUUACAUAUCAAAAAACUUUGCCCUUAAUUUUGGGUGUAUGAUCAUUUAUAGCAAAAGAAAGCACGGUGAAUUAAUUUGGGAAAUUUGGGCAAGCAGUAAAAUCUGAUUUUAUAUGUAAUUUCAGGAGGUAGCCUUCUGUUUUGAGAGGUUUUGGUGUGAGUAAACACAAGUCUUGUUUACUGCA